ACCUAUUUGUACAAAGCAGUGAGCCGGUGUAAGCGGAAGCAUCUGACAGCCAUCGACUGCCAGCACUUGGCUCCAGGUCAUUUGUCUGUGGCCCAGCCCUUUGGUCAGAGAUGGACAAACAGGGACCCAAACCACGGGCUCUAUCCUAGACCCAGAACCAGAGGGAAAACGGGCCAAGGAUGUCGGAGACUUACCCCUAAGCCAUUCCUUGAGGGCUGUCAGUGGUAUACCAAUGACAUGGCCAGGAGCAACACUGUGGGCCAGGAGACGGCUCAGGACUCUGAGGAGCAGGGCAUGAUCUUGGCUUCGGGGAACAACUGUAUGCAGCCUGUGGAGGCAGGUGGGGAGGCCGGGCUGGACCCUCUGCUCUCCCCACUGCCUACCCGAAAACGCUCGCACUCCUUGGAGGACAAGCAGACCCAAGCCACAGGGACUGGUCAGCCAGAUGGGGUGUCCAAGAAAAUUCCACGUCACUGGCCAUCUCUGUCCUGCACUAGACCCCGUGAAGGCAGAUGUCAGGUGGAGGACCCACUGCCCUGCCUCACCACAGAGCCUAGAGCCACCAACCUUGAAGUGGAGGACAUUGGACCCGAUGCUGACCCCGGCCCCUGCUACGGGCUUCUGGGGACCACAUUGUGCCCUGAAGCCCAGAGCCAUAUCUGUAGCCUUCCCAGCGAGGUGCUGCGCCACAUCUUCGCCUUCCUGCCUAUGGAGGACCUCUACUGGAACCUCAGCCUGGUGUGCCACCUGUGGCGGGAGGUCAUCAGUGACCCGUUGUUCAUUCCUUGGAAGAAGCUGUAUCAUCGCUACCUGCUGAGUGAGGAGCAGGCAGUCAGCAAAGUGGAUGGCAUCCUGCUGAGCUGUGGCAUUGACAAGGAAUCAGAACUGUGUGUGCUAAACCUCAUUCGGUACACAGCCACCACCAAGUGUUCCCCCAGUGUGGACCCUGGGCGGGUCCUGUGGAGCCUGCGGGACCACCUGCUUCUCCAUGAAGCUGAAGCAUGUGUGCGCCAGCAUCUCCCCGACAUCUACCUGGCUCCUGCUGGCAUCAAUGUGUGGGCUUUGGUGGCAACCAUCAUCCUGCUGUCCAGUAGUGUAAGUGACAUCCAGCAGCUGCUAUCAUGUCUUCGGAGACCCAGCUCCACGGUGACCAUGCCAGACAUCAUGGAGACCUUGUACUGCAUUGCCGUGCUUCUCUAUGCCAUGCGUGAGAAGGGAGUCAACAUCAGCAACCGGAUUCACUACAACAUUUUCUAUUGCCUGUAUCUUCAGGAGAAUUCCUGUACUCAGGUCACACCAAUGAAAGAAGAGCUGUCAGUGUGGCCGGGUAAUGAUCACAGCAAGAAUGCCAUCCAGCUUACACAUGAACAGCAGCUGAUUCUGAACCACAAGAUGCAGCCUCUGCAGGUGGUGAAAAUCAUGGCAUUUGCAGGCACUGGGAAGACUUCCACCCUGGUGAAAUAUGCAGAGAAAUGGUCUGAGAGCAGGUUUCUCUAUGUCACAUUCAACAAGAGCAUCGCGAAGCAGGCAGAGCGUGUCUUCCCCAGCAACGUCACCUGCAAGACCUUCCACUCCAUGGCCUACGGACGCAUCGGGCGGAAGUACCAAUCCAAGAAGAAGCUGAAUCUCUUUAAGCUUACUCCCUUCAUGGUCAAUUCUGUCCUGGCCGAAGGGAAAGGUGGAUUCAUCAGGGCCAAGCUGGUGUGUAAGACACUUGAGAACUUCUUUGCCUCCGCGGACGAAGAACUAACGAUCGAUCAUGUGCCCAUCUGGUGUAAGAACAACCAAGGUCAGCGGGUCAUGGUGGAGCCCAGUGAGAAAUUGAACAGCGUCCUGGAGGCCAGCCGACUCUGGGACAACAUGCAGAAGCUGGGGGAGAGCAAAGAGGAGGCUUACCAGAUGACCCACGAUGGCUACCUGAAGCUUUGGCAGCUUAGCAAGCCGUUGCUCGCCUCAUACGAUGCCAUCUUUGUGGAUGAGGCCCAGGACUGCACCCCAGCCAUCAUGAACAUCGUCCUAAUGCAGCCAUGUGGGAAGAUCUUCGUGGGGGAUCCCCACCAGCAGAUCUACACCUUCCGUGGUGCUGUUAAUGCACUCUUCACUGUCCCUCACACACACGUCUUCUACCUCACUCAGAGCUUUAGGUUUGGUGUGGAGAUAGCGUAUGUGGGAGCUACCAUCCUGGACGUCUGCAAGAGGGUGCGGAAGAAGACCUUGGUCGGAGGAAACCACCAGAGUGGCAUUCGAGGGGAAACCCAGGGCCAGGUGGCACUGCUGUCCCGAACCAACGCCAAUGUGUUUGAUGAGGCAGUGCGUGUGACAGAAGGAGAGGCCCCUGCGAGGAUCCACUUGAUCGGGGGAAUUAAAUCAUUUGGGUUGGACAGAAUCAUUGAUAUUUGGAUCCUCCUUCUGCCUGAGGAAGAGCGGAGGAAACAAAACCUUGUCAUCAAGGACAGGUUCAUCCGACGGUGGCUGCACAAGGAAGGCUUCAGUGGCCUCAAGGGCUACGUGACAGCGGCUGAGGACAAGGAGCUGGAGGCCAAGAUCGCAGUGGUAGAAAAGUACAACAUCCGGGUACCUGAGCUGGUGGCUAGAAUUGAGAAGUGCCACAUUGAGGACCGGGACUUUGCAGAGUACAUUUUGGGCACUGUGCACAAAGCCAAGGGCCUGGAGUUCGACACUGUGCAUGUUCAGGAUGACUUUGUGAAGGUGCCGUGUGCCAGGCACAAUAUAGCCCAGCUGCCGCACUUCCGAGUUGAGUCUUUUUCUGAGGAUGAGUGGAAUCUUCUGUAUGUCGCAGUGACGCGUGCCAAGAAAUGUCUCAUUAUGACCAAGUCCUUGGAGAACAUUUUGACUCUGGCUGGGGAGUACAUGCUGCAGGCGGAGCUAACCAGCAACGUGUUGAAGACGGGCGUAGUCCACUGUUGCGUGGGCUCAUGCAACAACGCAAUCCCUGUGGACACUGCGCUUACCCUGCGCAAGCUGCCCAUCACCUACAGUAACCGGAAGGAGAACAAGGGUGGUCCCCUGUGCCACUCAUGUGCGGAGCAGCGCAUCGGGCCACUAGUCUUUCUCACAGCCUCCCCGGAGCAGGUGCAUGCCCUGGAGCGCACUGUUGAGAACAUUGCACUGCCUAGGCAUGAGGCCCUGCUCUUCCUUGUCUUCUGAGCCAGGCUGUGGGUACCUGGAGGACACCUUCCACCUACACCCACCAGGACUCCAAGCUCACUCACAGCAUGGCGGCCGGGACAUGGCCAAAGUGAGGCCUAUGACCCACUGCAGAGUCCUUCAUGCACACCAGCUGCGAACUGGGGGAUGUUCUUUUGAUAGAAAAUACAAAAAUUUUAUGUAUCGAGACUUUUAUUACCAGAUUUCAAUUAAACAGGUAUUGUAGCACUGGCA